GUCCCCUCCAGCUGUCGAGAGCAUCACUGACAAGCUGGUCGGUUAACAGUGAGCCCUCCCGCAAAAGCGUCCACCGCAUGUCCAUGUGGGCAUUGAUCCGCGUGACAGAUCACCGCCUCUAAACCAGCCCUCGGGUUCAGGGUUUGCCCCUCCUGACCAGCACCAAUCUGAGAUGGGUAGAAGGAGGGGGCGGGAAGGUUAGUUUGAAGAGGGCAGAGCUUUACGAGAGGACGCCGAUAUUUCCCUUAUUAUUUCACCGCUGGAAGAAAAAAAAAAAUAAAACCCAGUGGACAAUAACAGCUGAGGGAGAAAUCAGUCGGACCAAACGUCAGAACCUCAUUAACUCCACGGAAAGCCAGUCGGGAGGGAGAAGAAACACCAAGAACACACCGCUCAUUGCUGCUGGACUGCAGCUGCAACAUUCAAGAAAGAUUUUCACAGGCUGUUGCUGCCACAUACAGCGGCAGCUCCCCAGAAGUGGAGGUUGGCUGAGUCUUCUGGUUCUACUGAUAUGGCUGCCGCACUUUGGAAGCCUAAAUCACUGGACUUGGGCUUGUGGAUCUUCCUCCUGCUCCUCAAUCUCCUUCCUGAAGCCAGGGCAGUAGUCGGGCACAGAGAGCCGCUGCCUGAUGAUAGCAAAGACAAUAUCACCAUUUUCACCCGAAUCCUAGACAGGCUGCUGGAUGGAUAUGACAACAGGCUACGUCCUGGGCUGGGAGAGACUGUGACAGAAGUGAGGACAAACAUCUUUGUGACGAGUUUUGGGCCAGUGUCGGAUACAGACAUGGAAUACACCAUCGAUGUCUUCUUCCGUCAGAGUUGGAGCGAUGAAAGGCUGAAGUUUGACGGGCCCAUGCAAGUUUUACCCCUCAACAACCUCCUGGCCAGUAAGAUCUGGACUCCUGAUACGUUUUUCCACAAUGGAAAGAAAUCGGUGGCCCACAACAUGACGACUCCAAACAAACUGCUACGACUAGUCGACAAUGGUACACUUCUCUACACCAUGAGGUUGACCAUUCAUGCUGAGUGCCCCAUGCACCUGGAGGAUUUCCCGAUGGAUGCACACGCCUGUCCUCUGAAAUUUGGAAGUUAUGCUUACACCAAUAACGAGGUGAUCUACCUGUGGACCCAGGGAGAUGAGAGGUCUGUUGCUGUUGCAGAGGAUGGCUCCAGGCUGAACCAGUAUGACUUACUGGGACAUGUUAUUGGCAAGGAAACCAUCAGUUCCAGCACAGGAGAAUAUGUAGUGAUGACAACAUAUUUCCAUUUGAAAAGGAAAAUUGGCUAUUUUGUGAUUCAAACCUACCUCCCGUGCAUCAUGACUGUCAUACUGUCUCAGGUCUCCUUCUGGCUAAACAGAGAGUCUGUUCCUGCUCGCACUGUAUUCGGGGUCACCACUGUCCUAACCAUGACCACCCUGAGCAUCAGUGCUAGAAACUCCCUCCCUAAGGUGGCCUAUGCCACUGCCAUGGACUGGUUCAUGGCCGUGUGCUAUGCCUUUGUCUUCUCUGCCUUGAUUGAGUUUGCCACAGUCAACUACUUCACCAAGCGCAGCUGGGCGUGGGAUGGGAAGAAAGAGGGCAUGGAAAUAAGGGAACCGUUUCAGGCUAACAUGGCCAGGAUUAACGAUAUGAGAAGAGAAUCCGCCACUUUGUCCAAAAAGGCAAACAACACCUUCAACAUUGUCGGAACCACCUACGCCAUCAACGUUGCGAAAGACCAAGGUUUAACGACCAUUUCCAAGAGCGCCACCGGAGCGGCGGCCAAACACCCCUAUCUCCAUAAAAUGGAUGACCCCUACACAGAGGCCAAGAAGUCCUACAACCGCGUCAGCAAAGUGGACAAGAUCUCACGUAUCAUUUUCCCAGUUCUGUUCUUCAUCUUCAAUUUAGGCUACUGGGCCACAUAUGUCAACAGGAAGCCCGCUAUCAUGAAGGCAAACAACUUAAACUGAAUUUGACCAAAUGCUAGGCUUGAUCUGGUUUGCUUUGGAGGGUAGACAGGUUUGCAGGAGGCCAAGUCCAUUACAUCUUAUUGUGUGUGUAUGUGUGCGCGCGCGUGUUUCGUGUGUCUGUUUUUUCUUAAGAGUUUGAUAUUUUGCACGUCUGUAUAGAUGGAAGGCAAAUUUUAACAUACAGUAGAUUCACAUAAUAGUAGUGGACCUUGGAGGGAGCACAUUCUCACAUCAAAUUGUGUUUGUGUAGAGUUUCUUUGUCCCCUCCACACUUAGCUCUGGCCCUUUCCCCCUGUUGUGAGUAACCAAGUGUCCCUUUGCUGUAUCUUGAUUGCUUGCCGUUUUGUAGCGUAGUCCAGUUGUGUUCCCACCUAUGUUUUGACAUGUUUGCGCUUUGCUUAUAAUAAGUUAGAGCGAGCACGCGUUGGAAGUUUUCGUCGUAGCUCAUUUUCCGAUGAUAAGGUUUUGACACAUCCAUCAAGUUAACAACAUGCAUGCACGCACGCACGCAGACACAGACACACAGCGAUGCAUCAGAAAAUGCCAGGAGAGCCAUUCGCCGGUCACUUUACCGUGCUCUGCUAGCCGGGGGCAGCCUGUAUAGCUCCAUAGGAACAUCAUUAAUAAUCGUCAGUGUCUGGCCUUCAGCUUGGCGCUGAAUCUCAACAGACUCAAUGCAGUAUCAUCUGGAAUUGCUAUCGCGUCCCAUAGGGCUGCCUGUACAUUUUCUAGUCCAGUGGCUCUUAUUGUUUUAACUGGCUGAGUAUGCUUAAUGACAGAGAAGCUAUGUGCCUUGGUGAACACACACAUCAUAAAAGGAAAAAAAAAAAAAAAAAGGCUUUGACACACUCACAUUUGCAGCACACAUACGCACAAUGGUCUCUGUGUACGUUACAUGCAAACAUAUACUGGUGUCCACAGGCGCGGUGCACUGCAGUAUGUGGCUGUACCCCACCCACCCACCCACCCACCCACAGGCAUGGGCAGCGAGUGUAAAAUUGCCCAUUAGUGUGGAAGGUUAACAGACCUCUGCCUGUGAAGAGAUGAAGCAAAGAGAUUAAAGGAUCCAGCGUAGUCUAGAACAAUUAUCAUGUGCAUUUAUGUUUUGGCUCGUGGCGCAGCGCCUCCGUGAGCCGAGCAGUCAUAACAAACUACCACCAUUACCUCAGACUGAAGUCGAAUUCUGAAUCGCAGUUUAAUAUAUGUUUUCCGUGGAAAUGCAAAUAACACUAGAUGUUUUAUACAUUAAAUCAUACCAGACACUCUUUCUUUCUUUCUUUCUUUCUUUCUUUCUUGUGGGCGGGCACCCCGGUGCCUUUUAUUUCUUUGUGGUCUUCGCAUCUGUGUUUUUGGCUGCAUUAUGAUUCUUUCUGCAUUUCUGCCUCGUCAUGAGCAAGAUUUUGAUUCAUGUUGUACUUUUGCCCUUUUUGUAUUUGAUUGUGUAGAGUAUAUUGGUGUUGAUUUGAUUGUCUACCUAUGCUGUACUGUUUUUGUGUUUUGAAGUAGACAACAAAAGGCCAAUAUGUCACAGUCACACAGUAUUUCGGAACAAAUUUUGGAGAUGCUAUCAUCACUGGAGACUAUUGUACUGCAAAAAGCUGUGAAACUGACCAAUAAAACUAAAAUAAUAAACUAAUUUAAUUUUUGUGAUCACAUGAUAGAACAAAGUAAUUAUCAAAUUAUUUCAUCUGAUUCAUCUCCAGCUGUGGCAUCCGUCUCCAACUUUUGUUCCCCGUUUGUUAAGUGACAUCUGUAUUUUUGUUUUGUGUUGAAUUUGGUCCGUGUUUAUACAGAUGUUAUAUGAUUCUAAAGCAAUUUAUGUUGCUUUCCUGCCAGAUGCACUCUGGAUAUUUUGCAUUGUCUUAAUUAUAGACUCUCUGAUGACCACUACAUCCAGUGGAUUCAAACUUUAUCUUCGGUGGUAAGCAUAGGAGAAUGAGUGAACUGUGUCGUGGCCUCUUUAAAAAGGUGUGGUAAUAACACGAACCAUGUACAAUGUAUCAGUCAUAGGUUAAUGCAUGACAAUCUGUACACGUGUAUGUCUGCAACCUCCAAUAAUGGUGUUUGUCACACUGAAAUAGGGCUUAGUAACAGUGUUUCUGUAGUUCAUCCCAGUUAGUCAUCAAUAACCUACUCAUAGUCUCAGCAGCAUCUGCAUAAACACACUGAAACUCUGAUUAUUUGUGCAUAUUGAUGUGACGUAAUCAUUUAGGGCUGGCAAAGAGUUCUGGAAGUGUUUUGACCCUCGUUCGGUGGCACACAGAUUUGAAGAUUAAUCAGUGUACUGACACAAACACCCUGUUACAAACAUUAACCACACAAAGUAUAAUUCUUGUUUGUAGUUCCCACAUUGGAAAACACAUUCAGGCCACAUUUCAAAAUGAGUAAACUGCAGGUUUAGAUUAAAUAAAACGCAAUGAAGGAUUCUAUUUUGUCGGCCAUUAUUGUUUAAAUAUACAAAUAUAUAUUUCUUAUUUAUUUCAUUACGAUUAAAUGUUUUCCCACCAUCUCCACUCUUGAAGUGUUGAAGUAUUUAAAAUUGUGGUUCAUUUUACACUGAGGACCAUCACAUCCAAUCAAAACACACAUCAAAAGUCUUCACCCCGCAUGCAAGCAGAUCAUAGAGAUCUUAAACAAAACAUUGUUCACCAUCUACAGACUUGCAACACAAGUGGAACAGCAUGAAUAUCUCCUGGUAAACCAUGUUUCAUUUUCAAACAAUACACACUUACACACAAACUCAAACACUGGCUGAUAAAUCAUGACACUAAAUUUUGGAUAUGAGUUGUUAAGAACUCAUUAAAGUCAUAUCAGACUCAUAAAGACAAACUAGGUGUACUUUUCCCUGUUGAAAGCAAUCAGGUGGCUUUUUGCGUUUAUAAAAUGGUUGCUACAUCCACGUGCCAAUAUUUCAUAAAAUAAACACAUAGCAACAAAACAGUACAAUAAUUUAUUGAUAAGAAAUAAUCACUCUUCUGCCAAGAAAUGUAGUUCUUUAGCGACAUUUAGCGGAAUGGUUGCCAGGCAACACACAGACGCAUUGGAAAGUGCCAGCUGCUUUAGGGGCCGUACACAACCACCUAGAAAAUGCGAGGUCGGGCACUGUGUGCAGCUCUUGUGCCUAUUCAGUGCCAACUUUCAAGCGCGAUAGAUUGCGACUUAAGUUGCUAAGCAACUAUACCAAGCACCAUCUCAUAGUCUACUUAUAUCCUCCUGAGACCCAAACUUUUGUUUGGUUUGCAUUUUUUAUUUCUCCUAGCUAUUUGGGAUCAGCAGGACCUGAUAAGUAUAAAAAAAACACUAAACAUUGUCAACAAUAAUUAAGUCCCGAUGUCCUAAAAUGAGUCGACAGUAAAAUAAACAAAGUUUCAACCAUAAAAUGUGAUCAGGUUUUUGACCUUGUCCACUUUUGUGUCAGGAUCAGCUGCAGACUGACUUGGUAGAGAUGGCUACCAUCUUGUUUUACAUGGUUUAGUGUAUUGUGCUCUUACUACCACUAGAUGGCACUAAAAAGGUCUGAGUUAAGUAGAAUGAAGUGUAAGGUCAAGCAAACCCAAAAUGUGACGUUCUCAUAUCAGGACACAGGGUCUCAGGAGGAUAUAAAAUCCAGAGAUGAUUGAUGUAAAGCUCUUGGUAGUAAAAUGUUCAGCUUCUUGUCCAUAUUUAUCACAGAUAUUUACGAGAGAAGGCUGAGAUUGGUUGUUCCCCGUCACAUGACAUGCGGUGCGCGUUGCUGCAAUCCAAAAGUUCAACUCUGUUUAUCUCAGGGCCCAGGGCCAUUGAGAAAUAGGUGCUCAGAACACAUGUGCAUUGGUUGGUGUCGCUCUGGCAUUGGAGCGUGCCUGUUGUGCGUCUAUAUUGAAAACAAUGAAUUUGAGGGCACAAAAAGUGCGUCAUGUGUACAGCACCUUACAAAUCCGUGGCAACAUGGAGCCAAAUAAGUUCAAAAGUAACAAAAAUGAUAUCACUAGCGAUUGACAACAUAAAUAGAUAAAAUUCAGCAUGAUAGGCUACAAAUAAAAACAUGCAACCUUGCUAAAGUUAUGUCAUUGACUAACCACAUAUCGUCAGUGUAGGUUGCCCUCUUUGGAUGGAGAUUAAAGGCCGGUGGAUUGGAUGAUGGAGCAGCAAUGUGUAUUUCUCGAGAAAGUGACAGGACACAUUGGGUUCCCUGGUUGCGCAAACAUUAGUCCCUGUAGGCUCUCUCCGUUUCUUUGGACGGCACCUUUAAGGUUUUUUGUGCUUUCCUUUUUAGCUCUGCGUUCCAUAUGACGAUGGGUUAAAUGGCACAGUAACACUAAAAUUGUAAUGUGGUCACAGUUGUGUGUUUAUAGAGUGUUUUACAGCGGCUUUGAACACAGCUCAGCCAGUCAUAAUCAAACUGGAACUAUCCGUUCUAUAAAGCAUAUUUUUCAGCACCAUGGGGAAAUAACAAUCAGACAUCAUACUGCAGACACAGUAUGGCUUUUUGAUUCAAAUAUAUUUCAUGAAUUGAUUCAUUGUGUCUGUGAGGACGACUGCGAGGCGCCAUGUGUCGUUUUCAGACUUCAUUUUUUUAUCAUUUUGUCUCAAACAAACUGAUUCAUGUCUCAGACAAAGUGAUACACAUCUGCUGAAGCCGGCUGGCUGCUGCUAAUUCAGGAUCUGAUGACACACAGUGUUAAUGUUUAUGUAUGAUCCUCUGAGAAAUGUGAUCCAAGGACUGUACUGAAGUAGUUAUGAGAAGCAGCCGCCGCUGAGUAUUCAAUCUGCAUUUGUGAGAUCACUUGCCUCACAGACAGGCAUCCUCUGAGUGAGACAACCCUCCCAGUCAUAAACAUCGCAACACAAUGACCAAACAUUCAUUCACAUCAGGGUUUCACUUAGAAAACAAAACUGUGCCUCAGUCAAAUGGGCCAAAUGUCAUCUGCUUAUUGAGCUUCAAAACAAUUGAUACACAAGCUAUAUAAAGAAUGACAUCAUCAGCGCAUGUAGAUUUAUAUCUUUAAUUGAAAAGUGAACUACUUCUGCUUAUAUAUUAAGCUCCAAAUAAAAUAACCCCUGUCAUAUAGACUCAUAUGUAUAAUGAAUAUAUUCUUACAAUACAUAAAUGAGUAUUAUGUGAGCCUACAUCCUUUGAGACACAAAGAAUUUUCUUCAGCUUUUAUUCAAUUAGAAUAAAACCCACUUACAAACAAACAGAACUAUACACGUAGGCCUAUCUGCUUCAAGACAUAUUAAUUACAGCAUGUUGCUGCCCACUUGAAAUCAAAUAAUUUCUUUUCCCUAAAAGGCCUUUACUCUUAUACAUUCCAUAAAAAUCAUGAACAAAAUAUUUAUAGAAAGGCAGAAAUGAUUUUUCUUAAUCACUGAGCAGAUUUCCCAAACAUUCAUUUAUUUGUGACACACCGCAGUCACCAUCACAUAUAGGUUUUAUAGUUUUGGAGCUACGUCUCUCUCCCUCUUUCUCUUGCAGCAGAGCGUACUCUGGGCACAAACUAAGCGGGUUUUCACAUAUAUUUCUUUUAAAACAAACCAAACUCAGUCCUCUUUAAGUGCACCAAAAGGUGGACCAACGGAAAAGGGACUCAGUUCUUUUGACGUGGCACUGCAGUGCGGUUAUGAAGCCCCUCGCUUCCACACAAACUUAAAAUUGGAAGAAAACCUUCGGGUUUCUGUGCUGCACACUGUUGCCGUUGAUGGAUGGAUUCUGCAUUUCACAUCUGGAGACAUGCAGUAUCAUCUGUGGACCAAACUACUCCUCAUCCUGCAUCCUUGUUUUACAUGGUUACAAGCAUUACAGGCCGACGUGGUUUCGUCUGUUUUUUCAGGCAUCCAAGCGAAAUAGCAUGUGAUCUAGAGGGCUAAAUGCAAAGGCAAAGGGCAAAGCGAGCCUGGAGCGCUUUGUGUUCACAGUGCACAGGUUAAGGGAACCGCAUCACGGACUUGAAGCAGGCCGAACUCAGACCAGCAAAUAAUGCUGAGUAGUCGCUCUGAGUCUGCUCAGAGGGCUGAAAAGGACCAAGUGUGAAAACACCCCAAGUAGCAGAGCGCCAAGUGCAGUCAAAGCGAAAUGUAACCAUUUGUUAAUUCAUAUAGCCGAAGACAGUUUGCUUGGACAAGCCUCUGCAGCAGCUGCUUCUCUUAUUCAUCAGUCUAAUAUGAUCAUCUUCAUCCCGCAACACAAACUCGACAAACUGCUGCUGGAAAAGAAGAUAAUGAUCGAAAAUGGUUUACCAAGAGAUUUUUUUAGAGUUUGGUCUAUAACAUUUAAAUGUUAUAUACACUUAAUCAUUAUGAAUCUAUACUUAAUCAUUUUAAUGUAUAUAAAUACCCAAGUCU